CCAGGUUACAGUUGCUACGAUACGGUUGCCUAGUUACAGUUCCGAUCUGCCCCGCCCAAUUAUACUAGUGGCCUCUCCCCCAGCCCGCGAAAUAAAACCCGCCACGAGGAAGGAGCAUGUUGGAAGGCUACAUCACUCCUUUGCUUACCUCUUACCUCAACAAAUAUAUCAAGAAUAUCAAGCCCUCAGACCUCAAGCUCUCAUUUUGGGGAGGAGAUGCCGUCCUGACCAACCUCCAGCUUAAAUUGGACGCCAUUGAAGACUCCCUCCGCUCCCUCGGUCUUCCCUUUGAACUAAAGAGCGGCUCAGUCAAACAACUAACACUACACAUUCCAUGGACCGCCAUAGGCUCUGAGCCAAUAAUAGCUUCUUUUGAUUCCGUGGAAUGCACUAUUAAACUGCACAAUUUCUAUCAAACCCGCUCCCUUUCUUCUCCAAAGGCAUUCAAAGAAAAGGCCACGCCUACCGAGACCACGCCCUCUCAACCUUUACCUGAUCCCCAGCAGCAGGCUGGGACGGCACCAGGCUACAUAAGUGGACUAUUGAAUCGUAUAACUAAUAACGUUAGACUAAGAGUCACUAAUUGUUUAUUGAAAAUCAUCGAAGAACAUUGCGACCUUCAGUUCUCUAUCUCCAUAAAAGAGGCGGAGUUUAUGACUGCUAAUUCGUCAUGGCAACAUGAAUUCAUCUACACUGAUCAUCUUGCGAGCACUAGUGAUGAAUACUCGCUUCACAGGGUCUGCCUGGUUACCGGGGCAACCGUCUGUCUUGAUGUGAUUGGUGGGUGUGGUCAAGUUGAGGAAUAUGACGAGCCUUUUCUUGAUGGAUGUGCUUUUGAGUGUCGGUGGAAGAUUGGUUAUCGUGAGAAAGCCGUCACUGAGAACAGGUUUGAGAUACUCUCAAAGGAUCUUGAAUUCUCUGUCUCUGAAAACCAAUUUGUUUUAUUCAUUCAUUUUCUUGACUGGUUGAUGGGUCUCUAUUACUCCAUGAAGAAGCUAAGAGGAAGGGACGAUGAUGCGAGUUUUGAAAAACAAAAGGAGGAGACAGAGAGAAAAGAAGAGGAUAGUGAUCCUGCACUAGAGAAGGAGAGUAGUGUUGAAGACAAAGAGAAAAGAGAAGGUCCUUCAUUAGAAGAGAGCACUGAAGCUGGCUGGGGCUCUUGGCUAAUGUCCUUUGUUGCUCCUGAUGAAGGUGGGAAGGAUGAUGUACAGGCCACACCUCUCACUCCACCCUCUCUCUCGCUGGGUUUUUAUGCAAAGUCUAUAAAGAUUGACUUUAGAGUCUCAACUUUUAAGAAGCAACGCCCAUCAGUGUUUCUAUCCCAGAUGAGGAAGGGAUCCUGGUUUCGAGUUAUGAGUCUGAGGUUUUCUGGAUGCAUGUCUCGUGUCGAUCGGAUUCCAUCCUUGAAACACUUGGGGGCUAGUGUUGGCAUAAUGUCUGUCAAUGGAUGGAUGGGGGGAGAAGGUGUGGAAGGCUGUACUUGCGGAUUGGUGGCCAUGGCAGGGAAAAAGCACAAGAAGAUUAGAGGAAAUGAAGAAAAAAUGGUUCAUGUUUAUUCAUUGGGUAGUCCUUCACCAAUUGAUGUCCAACCACUUUUGAAUUAUUCACUUUUUGAUGAAUCCCUUCACCCUUCUCCUCCCCCUCCUCGUCAUUGGUUGGAGUAUAAACCAGAGUACCAAGGGCUGUGGUUCACGUACGAUUAUUAUGAUUCUGCUCCUCCUGAAAGAGAAACUGAGACUUGUCAGGAGACCCUCAAACUAGGAAAACAUUCCUUGAUACUCUCACUUGACGUCAUGCACAGGUUGGAUUUCUUUAUCAAUAAGUUUAGAGUUUCACUUGAGGCCACACCAUUAGUAUCUCAAGGUUUAAUUGUAUUAGGUGAUCCUGUUGCCAAGACAAUGUUAAGUAUAACGUCAGAUACAACAUUGAUUCAUCUUCCUCUGAAGUGCCACAUCUCAUCAAGCGAUUCAAAACCCACCACCUCUCUCAUUAUAAACAGAGUCGAUGCUGAGGUUACCAUGGCAAUGUACAGUGGUAAUGCGACACCCACUGACCCUCAGACAUUGCACUUGGAUUGUACUAUAGAGGAAGUGACAUUUAGUAGUGUUGAGUGUAGCAAUGAUAGCAUCAGUCACAUUACUACUGGUGUAUUAGUGACUGAUCGAUCCAUUCUAUGUCCUCAGUUAUUAUUAAGUGUACAUAAUAAGACUGAUGGAUCCUUACAAUCUAGUUAUUAUCAUUUCAAAGCUCCUGAAUUAAAAACUAACCUCACAUUCGGUAAUCUUAGUCUCUUUUUUACAAUAGCUGCUUCAUGGCUGUCAUCAACAGCCUCUCUUCAUCCUCCUCUUCCAGCUCCUAGUGAGAGGCAUACAACUGAUAGAUUGAUAUUAUUACUGAGGGGUAUCACUGGAGAGUAUUCAAAAUCUGUUUCAGAAGGAACCCUGGUCUCUUGUUGUUUGGGAGAAGUUCUUGUUCAUUUUAUAAGUUCAUCAGUGUCAUCCGCAGUUCCAGUCAUUCAGUCUCCUGCUCCUAUUAGCUCUUGUAUAAAAUCACUAGCUGAUAAUGCUCUUCAUAAUGUUGGUUCUAAUGUGUCGUCUUCUCUGGAUGGGAGGGUAUUUGAAGUCUGUCUUGUUUGGCCUAGAGAAGAAGGUGUUCCUUUACUUGGACUUAAAGUAGGAGGCAUUGCUAUGUACCUACCUCAUAACUUGCUAGCACAAUUUGAAGAAUAUGCUAAACAGCUCUUGGAGAUUUGGUGUAUAUUUAAAGAUGAUCAAGAAGAAAAUAAAGCCAUUCCUGCAUUUACCCCUAUUGGGCACACCACUCAACCAUCUCACAGCUUUCCUUCUCAUCUUGAUAGUCCAGUAUUGUCCUCUUAUCAGGAAGAAGAUGAAGAAGAAGGAGAGGAAACUGGAAAAACCAGAACUGCCCAACUCCUAUCCCUCCUAGAAUCUUACAAACUUGAUAUAUCAUGUGAGCAUAUCCUCUUUAUGUUCUCGUUUGAGCAAUUGAAGACUCCUCUACCUGCCACACCUCUUUCCUGUCUCUCUGCUUCCAUUAGUGACAAGGGGCAAAGGAUGAUCUUGUUUGCCUUCCCAAGACUUAAAAUUGAGACAUCUUAUUCCUCAGCUCCCCCUCACCAUCACCUACUGGCUAAUAUUGAUCAACCCAGUUUAAAGGUAUCACUAACUGAUGCCCUGAUAUCUGCUAUCAUUAAUACUCAAGUGACUCAUGUUCUUAAUCCUCUAUCAGUCAAUGUCUCUCUGGCACUCAUUCAAUCACCAUCAGUUAUUGGUGUAGUCUGUAUUGGUAUUCAUGCUGAUGUUAAGAUCCUUCAAAUUACAAUUGAUAAACAAAAGGUUAAACUCUUAUGCCAAGUAUUGAAUGUACUUCAAUCAUUUCUUUCUCUGUAUUCUCCUCCUCCUCCUCCUCCUUCCUCUAAUCCUCUUGUGUCUGAUGUCUCAUUCAACAAACUCCCAUCAUCAGUAGCUUCAUCGUCACACUCUCUUCCUCCUCCCCCUCCUCCUCCUUUUUCUGACGUCAGUUCAACUUCUUUGAUGUCCUUAUAUGGCUCCAAUCCUUCUCUUUGGCUACAGCUUACACUGGGUAAGCUAGUGGUAGGCAUUUCUGAUUCAAAAACUCCUUCUUCCACAAUGUAUUUGGCUGAAGCUGAUGAGAUUUCAUUCUCAUUGGAUGUUCAAGAGAAGAUCAGUAGUUACCAGUUGAAGCUCUCAUCCCUUGAAGCUAAUUCAAGCUCUUCUAGUCUUCAAUACUCUUCCUCUUUUACGAAACUUUUUUCAUCCUCGUCUUCUGUUGUCACGGCAACCGUUGCCAAGGAAAUUGAGUCACAGCUUGGAGUCGUGAAUGGAGAGUCAAACGUUUCCUUUCCUGCCUCCCCUCCCUCUCCUGCAACUCUUCCUUCUUUUCUUCUCCUUGAGAUCAUUUCUCCUCAUAAAUAUGAGUCUUCUUCUUUUCCAACUAAAGUCAAACUACAUGUUCAAAUGUUUGAGGGAGUCCUCUGGCUUCCACUGGCAGGAGCCAUUUUGGAUAUUUUGGAAGAACUGAAUGAUAAUAUUCAUGGGACUAAGGAAAAGGUAGAAACCAGUUCUAGAUUGCCAAUCACAGCUCACAAGCAGGGCACCAGUCUUGAUAAUCAAUGGCCCUCGCUUGAUGUGAAAUUCAAUAAUUUCAAUAUAUUCACUCAGUCAGAAUCAACCAGUAGGUCUCUCCUGGUGCUAGCUAGUGAGGGAUUGUGUGUCUCCUCUAAUCUUGACUUCCCUGUCUCAAGAUUGAUUGUUAGUCAUUCUGCUAUGAGGAGACUCGAGAUUGCUGUUCAUGAGAAGAGGUGUCCUCCAUUACCUGGUUACCAGUUGAUGGUCUAUUCUGCUCAACUCAUUGGAAUCAGACGAGAACAUGAUAGUGUAAAGCUUGAAAGUUGUUCGCUGUCUUAUGCAUCAGAUAUCAGAAUACUCUAUUCGCCAUCUUUGAGGCAUCACAGUAAAGGACAGUUUCUAACUGACGAUAAAUCUGUUGUUGCUACCGGGCACUUGUUGGAGCUACAUUUUGACAGUAAAGUGUUCUUGUUUUGUGGAAAAGAUCAGGUUGACUGCUUGCUUGAUGUUUGCAAUGGGAUAACAUGUUUGAUCCAAAACAGGUUUAAUAAACAUGCUCAGCCGGCAGCGGAGCCAGUCAAACAAGAAAAAGAAACCUGUUCUCAGUAUCAAAUAUUAGUUACUGGGAAGGCCCUUAGUCUCAAAUUGUUUUCUUUGAAACAGGAGAUUAGGAAAGAGUUUAAAGAAGUGGAGCUCUCUCUCCUCAUUUUCAACCCCACACUAAUGGUGCAGUCUGUUGAAGGAUCCCUCAGCAUUGACCUCUCCGUAUUCAAUGUACUUGCCAGUUACCAUGGCAGCGAUAAAGAGGCGUGUCAGGUGAUAGAGACGUGUGAAGGAUCAAUGAAUGACGAGAAUGGAUUGAGGAGUGGACUAUUGCAGGUUAAAAUUAAUAAACAAAUAGAUAAAGGGAUUAUCCUGUCCUGCAUAAUCUCACGCUCAUUAAGAGUCACUGUUACUCCUCCUCUCAUUCUAUUGAUACUGAACUUCAUUCAAACUAUCAACAAUUUCACUAGUCAAAUAAAGCCUAAGAGAGGAGAAGCAGUAAUGUCUGACACUAAAAGAGUAGAGCCUGAAAGAAGCAGUCUUGAAUUGAAAUCUGUUUCACUCUCAUUUGUCACUAAGCAAGUUAUUAUCAUCAUUGGAGGCACUGGGUCUUUUACUAGUAGGGGGUCUGGUACUGUUGAAGGUUCUGGGGAUGAUCCCAAGGGUUCUGGUGAUUUUGCUAAGGAUUCUAAUAAUAACGAUUUUGUGCUGGUCUGGGAUAGUUUGAGCAUUGCAGUGCCUCCUAAUAAAACUAUUGAGAGUAGCUCUCAGCAGGCUCCUUUUGAUGUGGGGUAUCAUAAUAUUGACAUCAUUCAGGCCCAGAUCUCGUUAGAGGGGAUUGAAUUAUUUGUGUUCAUCAAUGGACACAAAUCUGUCAUCAUUCCUUACUGUAUACUGACUUCUCUCAUUACCUACUGGAUACCUUUGUCCGUAUAUGACAGUGGUAGAUUAGAAACCUCACUAGUAAGUGAUCGGGUACAGUUCAUCCUUUGUAUGGCUCAUGUACUCUCAGCUAAUAAACUAAUGGAGGACUAUAAUAUGAUAUUUGGGGAACAGCCCCUGCUACACCGGAAGGAUGAGAGUAAUAAGUUCGUUGAACUCAGUAAAGAGAGAGAUGAAAAUAGCAUGACUGAAAACGAUGAUUCUUGUCUUAGAGAUGAGAUAAGAUCUCACGAUGAUUUGAGAUCAGGAUCAGACUUAAUCCUGAUCACUGAUCCCACUCAUAUUUUGAUACUACCAGCACCUGGUGAGGUGAGGUUUUAUGAAGGUGAGACUGAUGCCCCUCCUUCAAUGACGUGGUCCUAUAAGGAAUCAAGAAGACUGUGUAGCAUCAGUAUACUUCCAGUACCGCUUACUGUGAUGGGAGAGGAAGACUGGCCUCUUGAUAUUAAGGUUGUCUGUGAACUCUCAUAUUACAGUCUCGUUACUAAUGACUGGGUCUAUCUUGAUACGCUUCACCUAUCUGAAGUGUCUUCUGCUCGCCUACUAUUAUCAUACAAAGUAAUGGAGAGCUCCAACAAGUGGAGACUGGCACUCCCUGCCAUCGAAUGGACUGAUGGUGAUAAUAAUAUUCACAGACUUGAGUUACCACUCACUGACCCCCAGACUGGAGGAGUGACAGCUGUCCUAUCGCCUCUGGUCCUUGCCGGCUGUACAACUGUUGAUUCUAUAAUUAGAACAAGGGACAGUGUUUAUGUCCCUCUGUCAAUUACUGCUCGCAUCAAAUCACUCGAAUCUACACUAAGACGUGAGCCAUUAACCGACAUACGAAAUACAAGACAUUCCCUUUCCUCCAAUGUUGACGAUUUCCCUUUGGAUCUUUUCCAAUUUAAGUGUAAAGAUCUGACAAUCGGGGCAACAUUAAUUGAAAACAUACGUCAGAUGCAUGUCAAGUUAUCGGGGCUAGUGUCACUGAGAUACACUGAUAUUAGAGACCUUCUCUGGAGAGAUGCCCUCUUCCCCACAGACUUGACUAUAAACUCAAUCACUAAGCCACUCAAGCAGUUUGACCGUUUAAAAGAGAGCAAGGUAUCCAUAAUGGUCCCAGGUCCUACAGUCAUAAGAGUGAGCCCUUCUCUCCUAUACACUCUUAACAUGACAACCAAUACCUUACUAUUGGAGCAAUCCCAUUAUGCCAUGGGGAGAGAUUCUAUUGAAGGAAGGAAUGAUAAACAACCACUUGGACCUUACAUCAUACAUAACAAGUCUCUAAUUGACCUUAUCAUUGGUCAGAUGGGCACUGUUGAAAGGGUCUCGUUACCUCCUAAUUCUAACUGUAGCUACAACUGGAGGUCAUUCAAUAAUGAAAAAAAACUUCACAUAUCCUAUGGUAGUGAUGUUAGAUGGAGUAGUGGGUUCACUAUUGAUGCUAUAGGAAUGCAUCAACUUGUAAUGGACGAUGGACUUUGUCUUCUUGUACAAGUCACAUGCAAUGGAUCAAUACAGAAACUGGUAACUAUCAGUGGAGAGUUGACUAUUUCAUCUAGGAUUCAAGAACCGGUUCUUUUACUCUACAAUACUGCCUUGGACUCUCUACAUCAGAGCAAGUUUAUAGAGAUCGGCUCACAGUCUAGACUAGAAGGAGUUGUGUGGUACGAUACUCGUCAGUCUGGCUUGUCGUUCCAGUUUAAGGAGACUGAUCAAUCUCGUGGUCCUUUAUUUAAGAUAUCACUUGAUUCUGAUCUCAGUUUCAUCAAAGUAGGAGAAGAGAAUGAAGAGUCUUAUAGUUUUUGGUCAAGCAUUAAAUCAGUGGCUGACAGUCCUGCAUUAGAGGUGACAUUGGCACCACUUUUUGAGAUAUGUAAUCACUUCCCAUUUAAACUUCAACUUUUAUCAUCCAAUGAAGAGGGAGGGGGAGAAGGUGGUGGUACAAUUACAACAGUACCUGGUGGAGGCUCUGUUACAUCAUUAGACUCAACUAUGAAAGCUGGGAGAUGGUACUUUAUGCAUUUUAAAAGUUUGGACCCAGCAGAGGGCAGUUUCUCUAGCUCCCUCAUUAAGUUAUCAACUAGUCUCAGGAAUGAGUUACCAGAGUUUGAGAAUGAGUGUAUGGGUCUGGGACUCUACAAGGAAUGCACAUGCACUGAUGAUAGAAAGAAAUUAGAGGAGCCCCCUUGCAUUGUAUCAAUUCCAACUAAUAAAGGAGUAAUGAAAGGGUACAUGUUUACAAGCAGGAGGAAGGAAGGGACGAUAAGGAUUGAGAUUAUGCCACAGGUUGUGAUAAUCAACGAGACAUCAUGUCCGAUUAAAAGAAAGAGAAAUGAUGGACUCUUUAUGAGUCUUUCUUGUAAUGAACUGUAUCCACUAUCCAUCGAUGAAGACUUAACAUUGGUAGUUGAUGGAGAUGAAUGUGACGAAUUGUUUACUGCAGAACUGUCUUUCAAGGACUAUCAGAUCAGUCCUGGUCAACCUCCUAAGACUAAACAGCUAACAUUAGCCGGCUCUGAUCCUAAACAAGAGUUGGUUUAUAAAAUACUUGUUUCAUUCGUGGUACAUAAUAAUACGCUAAUUAUAGCCCUGAAGCCAAUCUUUACACUAUUCAACCAAACUGGGCACUGUCUCUCGGUAUGUUCAUCUCUCGAGGCUAACAAUAUUGCUCCCAUGAUGAGAGAUAGGAGGAGGGAAGAGGUAUCCAUUCAUAGUGGCCAAUCUCAUUCAUUGCUUAGCUGGUGGUCUGGUGUAAGAGCUGAUGCUAAACUACAGCUUACCUUUGUUGUAUAUGUAACUGCAAAUACUGAGCAACUCUCACACUGGUCUAUCCCGUUGUCUCUCAAUUUUGUCCGUCGCUCGUUUUCACUUCCGACACCCUCAGGCUCCUCCCCCUGCUUAUUGACGACCCACAGUGAUGGGUGUGGUCAGUAUUAUGUCGUUAUUUCUCAUGAUCCAAGACCACGCCUCAUAUGUGCUAACCAUACAAGAUUGACGCUUCAAAUAAUGGAGUCUGGCUCUAUAGGGAUUCACUCUCAUCCUCAGACCCUGCCCUCUGGUCAUGAAAGUUAUUUUGAGCCUCCAUCUCUUGCUAAAUUAUACCCUACUACAAGGAAUAUACAUAAUGAUGAUGAUAAUGAGAGUAAUGGUGAUGAUGAGAAUGUUGUAUUUAAGACUCUGUCUGAUAUUCACAUUCAAAUAGGCUCACUAACAAAGUGUACUAGUCCUAAUGCUAGUGACCCUAUUCAAUGGACUGAUCCAAUACCACUUCACUAUGACACAGAGAAAUAUCUUAAGCUCUCAGACACCAAACUUGUCUUCUCUACCUCAUAUCAAUAUGGGACGCUGUAUAUCUCUCUGUUGCCUGGUGAUGGGGGGAUGUUACCAGUACCAAUAGAGACUUCAUCUCAAUGCUUAAUAUUAAAAGAGGCACUCCAUCUACUGGACUUAGAGUGCUUCCUCGAGCAACUCACCCUCUCCAUUGAUGUGGGAGACACUCUCAAGAUCAGGCCGAUAUUUACAUGUGUUUUUGAUAACUGGAGCAGUAAGUUAUCAAUGUCACAUGGGAGCCAGUAUCAGUGUUCCUCAAGUAUAAACUCAAUACAAAUUGAUCAUCACUCCUCUACAAAUGAGUCCGUCAUAUUUCCUGUUCUUGCUAUACCCAGACACGAUCACGUUCCUCCUCUUUCGAUAGUAGAGAGGGAACUACCUCCUUUCCUCUCGUUCUCUGUCAACUGGACCAAGUUUUCCGAUAAUGUUGGUGGGACUUUUAUAACUGAAACUUCUCUCUCCCUUCAGCCUCUCACCCUUCAGUUUGACGAUAGCUUUGUUCGCUCGCUAAAGAAGAUAACGUUAGCUUAUAGCUACUCACCUUUACCCAUUUCAGAUACUCCUCCCUUGCCAGUACAUGAUGUUAAUGAAUGUAAAGUUCCAGGUUACAUUCUUGAAGAGGCCAACAGAGACAGGUAUCCUCUUGCUAUCAAUCACCUACAUAUUGAUGGAGUCCUCAUUUACUUGAGUCUUUGUUUCACGCGUGGUCUAUCGCUCAGCGUGGAUGAGAGUAGGGUCCUCCUUUCUCCUCUCUCUCACAGACACCUCUACUUCAACUGGAGUGAGCUGGCUCAGAGCCUGGCUUCGCAUUACUCCCUCUCCCUCCUCUCACAAUUGGACUGGAUAUUAGGAUCACUGGAUAUCAUAGGCAGUCCUGGUACUCUGAUCAAUACACUACAGUCUGGCCUAAGGGACUUCCUAUCUCUUCCUUAUCAAGGUCUCACGAGAGGCCCAGGGUUCUUUAUUCUCGGGCUAGGUCAGGGCACUCGAUCUUUGUUGACUGGAUUUCUGGGCGGAGCCCUCCGCUCAGUCACUAAUUUUGCCUCAGGGAUGGCUUUGAAUGUCGAGCGACUUUCCCUAGAUGAAGACCAUGUCUCAUACCAGGAGGACUUACGCCGGAGAGGUCAAAGGUCACUGGAGAAUCUUGGGGCGGGGCUUAUGGUGGGCGUGUCUAGUUUUGGUAUGAGCGUAAUGAGUGCAGUGGCCGGACUAGUAGAGCAGCCAUUACAAAGUAUCAUAGAGAGACAAGGACAAGAGGAAACUCUAGCCACUGGUGGAUAUACUAGGAGUAUUGUCACUGGAGUCGGAAAAGGGAUUUUGGGUGUGGUCACAAAGCCGGUAGGCGGAGCAUUACAACUAGUGUCACAGACUGGACGUGGUAUCAUUGGGAUGACUGGACUAAAAUCAACCCCAGUUAGAAGAGAGAGGGAGUAGUAAAAAUACACUAAACAUACAUGCAGGAUAUAUUACAUACAAGACACUGACUCUAUAUGCAUCAAACUAUCCAAUAGGUUCAAGCAUGUGUAGAGUGAGUAGACCAUUGCAUUGUACUAUAAUAGUGUUGCAUAGCUGAGUGUAUACGUGCAUUUCUUUUCGGCAUCACAAACAAACCAGUCAAGUGUUAUUGUGUAUACAAAGCUAGGAUACAAUAUCGAGGGUUAUUUGAGCAAUAUGUAAAAAGAAAAGCACAUCACGUCGCGAGCUUUAAAGUGUAAUGGAAUAAGAGGAGGAUACACACUUGAGUGGCAAAGAUGCACAGGAUUAUCAAGACAUAACAUUAAAAGUAGGUGAAAUAUGGAGGAAACAGCCCAUUUUAAUUUAAAGGAGAGUUGAUUCUUUAACACUAAACUGGCAAUUCAAAACUUGUUAGCUCACAAGCAGUGGCAAAAAUAAAUAAAUUUUUGAUCUCCUACGCUUGGGAAAAAGAUCAAGGAGCCAUCUCCUUACCUCCCCCUUAGGCCAUCCCUUCACCUAAAAAGUACUGUACCAGUAACCACUUUAGUGUCACAUGAGUCUUGGAGGAAGGAGAGAGAGAGAAAGAGAGGGGGGAAGUGGGGGAGAGAAAGCAUAUCUGUCAUGUGUGAAAACAUAUAAGAUUACUCUGGAACAUCAGUAACUGCAGCUGGAAUUUAAACAAUAAAACAAGUUUUUUGAAUUCCAACACACAUAAGAAGACACACAAUACAAAAUAUACGUAUUAAUAAUGGUGAAACAGACUUUCCUUAACAUAAAAACAAGCAAAUCACCAAACAAGAGAAAAAGAGAGGGGGGGGGAGAGAUGUUAUUGCAAUGGCAAACAAACAGAGUUACUAAUUCAAUUGAGCGAUGUACUAUACCAUCACUAUUCAAGAGUGUUUUCAUAAUGUAGGUGUGCAAUACUGUCAUAUGAGAAUAGGGUGCACGACCUGUUUCCAACUAAAUCAACCAAACACAAUUACAUGCAUGUACAUGUACAUACAUCCUUCCUGUUUAUUGCACAAGCUAUAGUCAAUUCAUUUUGUCUUUUAAGGACAUUUCGAUUUUGCGUAAUGUCACUAUACCUUGCCUUUUAAGGGUAUGCAUGUAAUGUGCGAUGAGGAAACGAGAAUCAUGUGGUAAGAGAGAGAUAGGAAUGAGAACCAUCAGCUGGAAGUGGACUUGAGCUAAAUGAAUGAAAUGCCAAAUCAUUUCCCAUCAUUAAAACUACCUCACUCCACAGCAAUCCAGACCCAGCAAAGUGUAUAAUUAAUGAACAAUACAUUCCAGGUGUUCGAUUGUUCAAACCACAUGGUUACAAAAAUAGUGUAGAGCAACAAUACUGUAUUAAUGUGCCAAUAAUCUCAAUGUGUGUGUGUGUGUGUGUGUGUGUGUGUGUAUUUAUAUCAAUAUAUCAGACAUCGGUCAUUACAUAAAUUCUCGUUCUCUCUCCCCCUUUCUCUCCCACCCUAAAAGUUUUAACAAUAGACCAGUGGUGCUUAACGACGCAAAGAGAAGGUCAAUGACCAUCGACUGACGCUGGAUCACGCCACCAGACAAACCUAUGAGAGGAGUAACUGGGCAAUGGCCAAGGAGAACAGAUUGGGAGAGGCACGUGUACAACAAUAUGACUUGUGCAUACAAGCAUUGUUAGAGGGUAGGGUGCGAAUAUUAUUCAAUAUGCCUCCACAAGCAUUCAUUCACACCUGAUCAUGUACCCCUACCUACCCAUACUGGUGUAUUAUAUUGUCAUGGUAAUCCUCUAACCACAGGAAUGACAUAGGCUCAUUCCAAGCAUAAUAAUAAUAGAGAAAAAGGAGGAAGCAAGAGGGAGUGAGAGAAAGACAUGCAACCGAUAAAUGCAGGAGAAGGAAGCAUAUGCAGAUAAUGCAGUCCAUGCAUGUACAUAUACAUGUAUGUGCUAUAAUUCCAGACAAUGGAUAAGUACUAUUAGUUUUACUAUAGAUAAAAGGAGUAAGUGUUGGAGACAGAGAGGAGUGACAAUUAAAUAAUUAUAUAAAAGUGACUUAUGCCAGACGGGGCAGCUGGUAAAUAUUCAAAAUACGCCAGGCUUGACUGACAUCAAAUUCAGCUAUUAUGAUAGCUACAACCAAUAGUGAGGAAACCAGAGUAAACAAGGAUAGCCACCAUACAUCACCUCUUAGUAAAAAUGUGACCACUCCAAUCAAGGAUCAAUUAUAUCCAUGGUUUCCAAAGCGGUGGAGGAUAAGAACGUCCUACGUGGAUUGCUAAUUUUGUUAUUGCCACCCACAUGCUAGAUUGGUCAUGCGGAAAGGCCACAAGAUUCUUAAUCCAAAGCCACAGCUAAACAAAUAGAGACCGUUUCUGAGCAACGUUGCAUAAUAACGCUAAAAAUGAAAUAUCGACAAAAUUAUGUUUUAUGGGCUGGUGAUACAUGAAACCGCAUCUUUCUUUGAGGUAAAGUUGGCAUUGGGUGUACCUAAGAAAAAAUAAAUUAUGCAGCGAACAAAGCGUGCUUCAAUUUCGAUGGCAAUACAUUCGAAAAUUCUUUGCGAAUUACAUGUAAGAUAAUCCCCACUACACAAGGCAAAAACCACUAAGCAUGCAUUAACCAAGAACUUGAUAGAGUAAACAGGAGGUUCAAUUUUGGAUGAAAUAAGUAGACUUUAACAAGCUGGCAUGCCGCACUGCGUAGGGCUCUGAUUGCAUUAACCAGUAAAACCAGAAAUGGAUAAUUAAAACCAAAAAUAGAAAGAUUGCUAGAUAUGCUUCAUUUUCAAUGAUUGGUACAACGUGCGGUUUAAAGUGAGAGGGGGAGAGAAAGGGAGUGAGGAGGAGGAGGAGGUGAGGGAGUAGCUAAAGGUUAAGAGGUAUGUCACAGGCAAUGAUUGCAUGCAUAUUGGUCAGUAUAACAACAAUUGGUCCAUGUAAUGUGCAAUGCAAUGAGAUUAGAGUGGGGGAGAGGAGAGAAAGGGGUAAAGUACAAGGGAGAAACAGAAAUUAUUAUUAACUUGGCAGUUGAAUGUUUUUUGUAAUCAAGUCACGGACUGUGACGACGAUUCCCUCUCUCCUUACAAUCAGCUUGCAAUACACACACACAAUACAUUACACACAUAAAGUGAAUUAGCUGACAGAGAUAGUACAAGCUAGCUACAUAGUGGGACUAUAUGAUUAGCUAAUGCUUGUAUGUACAAGGAUUUGUGUGUGGUAGGACUUGCAAUCAGUGGUUCAACUUAGCAGUAUGUUCAUCAUCAGUGAGUGCAUUUGUGUGUCAUCAAAUAUAUCUGUGGGGCAUAUAUGCAAGUACAUGCAUAUGAACCAGAGUGGUUUGGCAUAUGCCACAAGGAAAUAGGAGCAGUAGUAUCUAUUACCUUUAAGUUUUAUCUGUUGUCUUUAUUGUGUGUAUGCGU